AGAUCGAGGAGAACUUAGCGAAUAUCAGACAACCAAGGAAACACUGGUUUUAUCUUGUGCUAAGAUUUAUGCAGACUGUGUCUCUGGUGAACAGAUGCAUCGACAAUUGGCGAAGAACAUUCAGCAUCAUCAAAUACUUCUCAGAUCCAUCUCUCUCCUGCAGACGACAAUGAGCGUGCCAAUAUUUUUCGUCCUUGCUAUCAACAUCGUUAACCUGUGCGGAAAUCUAUUUAUUUCCAUCGUGCUGUUACAGAGAGACGGAAACCUUUCAAAAGCUUCGAAAACGCUUCUGACGAUACCUCCUCUCCUGUGCGAAACUGGAAUGUUUUGCAUAUUUGGCCAUGCCUUAACCGAUCAGAGCGAGAAGCUGAUGCAGUCGGCUUUCAGCUGUGGCUGGACAGACAGCGACGUCCGCUUCAGACGCAGCCUGCUGACCUUCAUGACGGCGUUGGUUCGACCGGUCGAGAUUACAGUGGGCAAGACGACCAAGCUGUCUAAGGAGACGCUGGUCCAGGUCCUUAACGGAACGUACGGGCUGUUGAACCUGCUUUAUCAUUUCCAUAGCAGUGUAUGAAGGAUUAUCAGCACAAUAGGCACUGCCAGAAUUCCAGGUCCG